GAAAUCUGAAGAACCAGUAGUUGAAGGACCAGCAUGGAAAGAAACACCUGAAGAACUAGCAUCUGAAGAGAAACCUGAAGAACCAGCAGUUGAAGAAACACCUAAAGAUCUAGCAGUUGAAAAGAACCUUGAAAAACUAGCAGUCGAAGAGAAACCUGAAAAGAAUAUGCCAGUUGUAGAUUCAAAUGGGAAGACUGGCAAUGAAACUCCAUGCAUUACGAACAAACCUGAAGAACCAGCAGUUGAGGUAAAACCUGCAGAGCCAAUGCUUGAGGAAAAACUUGAAGAACCAAUUGUUGAGGAUAAACCUGAAGAACCAGUAAUAAAGGAGAAAGCUCAAAGACUAGCAGUUGAAGAAACACUUGAAGAGCAAGCAAGGGUGGAAACGCCUAAAGAGCUAGCAGUCGAAGACAAACCUGAAGAACCAGCAGUUGAAGAAACACCUGAAGAACUAGCUAUUAAGCAGAAACCUAUGUUCUCUGAAGGUGAAGCUGCGCACAUUAAUAGUCAAGAGGAUGUAAUCAGGCAAGAAACUUCAGGAAGCACAAAAUCUGAGAAUAUGCAAGUUGUAGAUUCAAACGACAAGGCUGAUAGUGUUGCUGAAGUUGAGGAAAAACCUGAAGAUUCAGCAGUUGAAGAGAAACCCAAGGAAUCGCCAGUUGAAGAGAAACCGGAAGAACAAGCCAUUAAGGAGAAACUCGAAGAACCAGCUGUUGAGGAGAAACCUGGCAAACCAGCUGUUGACGGGACACCUGAAGAACCUGCGGUGGAAGAAACAUCUGAACAUCCAGUUGAAGAGAAUCGAGAAAUUUCAUGCAAUACCAGCAAUGAUGUUGUUGAAGUUGAGGAAAGGCCUGAAGAUUCAGCAGUUGAAGAGAAACCCGAGGAAUGGACAGUUGAAGAGAAACCGGAAGAACCAGGCAUUAGGGAGAAAUUUGAAGACCCAAAAGCUGAGGAGAAACUGGAAGAACCACUGGUUGAGGAGAAAUUCGAUGAAACAGCGAUUGAAGGGCCACUUGAAGAACCUGCGGCGAAAGAAACACCUGAACAACCAACGGUUGAAGAGAAACCUCAAGAACCAGCAGUUCAAGAGAAACCGGAAGAACGAAAAGUUGAAGAGAAACUUGAAGAAGCAGCAAUUGAUGAAAAACUUGAGGAACCAACAGUUGAGGAGAAACCUAAAGAACCAGCAGUUAAAGAAAAACCUAAAGAACCAGCAGUUGAUGAAAAACUUGAGGAACCAGCACUUGGAGAAAAUACUGAAGAACAAGCAGUUGAAGAAACACCCAAAGAACCAGCAGUUGAACUAAAACCCGAAGAAUCAAAAGUUGAGGAGAAACCCAAAGAACCAGAGAUUGAGGAGAAACCCAAAGAACAAGCGGAGGAAGAAGCACCUGAAGAACCGGUGGUUAAAGAGACACAUGAAGAAAUAGCAGCUGAAAAGAAACCUGAAGAAUCAGCAGCAGGUUCCAUGACAAAAUGCAAUGAAACAAAAGAAACACAGAAAGAAGAAGUAAAAACUGAAAAUGCUCUAAGUGCCCAAGUAGGAUGUGAACAAGAGGAAAAAGCAAGGGAUGAACGGGAAGAAAUAACAGAACAUUUCACAUCGUUGAAAUCCGUUAAGGCUACAGAAAAGGAGAUAGCAAUGGAUAACAUGGUGAGCAAUGAAAGCAAUGUAACUAAGCAGAUACAAGAGCAGGCAGCAUAUCCUCUACUUACAACGGAUUGGGUGGAAACUGUUCGAACAGGCAGCACUGAUGUCAAUGGUACGCCCAAAGACAGUAUUACCCCACAUGUGCAACUGGAUGCAGCGGCCAGAAGUCUCCAGCACAUGCAGGAAACUGCUGAAACAGUACAACAUCAGGAAAAUCACGAAAACGAGAAAGAAGUGGAAUGUGAUUCAAAAGAAGCACCAGGGGAAUCCAGAUCAAGAGAGCCACAAGCUAAGGCCGCGCUUUCUGACGUUAUCCAUGUAUCAGUAAAACAGAGAUCAAAAAUGGAGGAAAAUUUUGAUGAUGAAAGAGAAGACAACGGCAAAGAGGAGGAAGGAAUUCAACAAACAAGAGAAGGGUCAGGUUCUGAUGAUACAGUGAUCGUAGAAGUCUCAAGAGAUGCUGAUAUCAAAGUUCCUCAGAAGAAACAUCAGAACAUAUUGUCAGGAGUUGGAUCAAAAGUCAAGCACUCAAUUGCAAAGGUGAAGAAAGCCAUCACUGGUAAGUCCUCUCAGACCAAGCCACCAUCACCAAAGUAAGGUGAAUAAAAAGAUCAAGACUUCACAUUGUACAAAGUUGUAAUUUCUCAAGAAAAGCAAAGUGAAAAGCUUUUCACCAAUUCAAGUUUUUAAUAAAGUAGAAAAGUUUUUCCAGAAUGUGAAAUCUUAUUGUAUUAGGAAUUCCUUUAUUAUUGGAUACA